UUUAGACCUAUAUAAUCUCAAGAUAUUAUACAUAAUUCUAUCACAAAAUUAUUUUCCAUUCUAAGCUAACAAAUAAACUAAAAACAUAAGCUUCAAGAAUGGGAAGCUUAUCAUUUGAGAAGGACUUUGAGCCAUCAGCUGUGACUCCAAGAGGAUUGGCACCACCUGGAUUAAUUGUAAAUGGUGAUUUUAGUGAAAUGAUGAGACUUAAGGUGUCAUCUACACCUACAACACCAAGAAAAAACUUGAAUCUUUCAGUGACUGAGCCAGGCAAAAAUGAUGGACCUAGUUUGGAUUGUACAUUGAUGAAUUAUAUCGAUACACUUACCCAACGUAUCAACUAUCAUAUAGGUUAUCCAGUGAACAUAUGCUAUGAGCACUAUGCUAAUUUAGCCCCACUUUUGCAAUUCCAUUUAAAUAAUUGUGGUGAUCCAUUUCUUCAAAAUACUGUGGAUUUUCAUUCAAAAGAUUUUGAAGUGGCUGUUUUAAAUUGGUUUGCUGAUUUAUGGGAAAUUGAAAGAGAUCAAUAUUGGGGUUAUGUUACAAAUGGUGGUACUGAAGGAAAUUUACAUGGCAUUUUGGUUGGGAGAGAAAUAUUUCCAACUGGAAUUUUAUAUGCAUCAAAAGACUCUCAUUACUCAGUGGCUAAAGCAGCAAUGAUGUAUAGAAUGGAUUUUGAAAAUAUUAAUGCAUCAAUAAAUGGAGAAAUGGAUUAUUCUGAUUUAAAAGCUAAAUUACUUCAAAACAAGGGAAAACCAGCAAUAAUUAAUGUUACAAUUGGUACUACUUUUAAAGGAGCUGUUGAUGACCUUGAUGUUAUUCUUCAAACACUAGAAGAAUGUGGUUAUACACAAGAUCAAUUUUAUAUUCAUUGUGAUGCAGCACUUAAUGGACUUAUUAUUCCUUUUAUUAAAAAUAUGAUUACUUUCAAGAAGCCAAUUGGAAGUGUGACAAUUUCUGGUCACAAGUUUUUGGGAUGUCCAAUGCCUUGUGGAGUUCAAAUAACAAGGAAAAGUUACAUUAAUAACCUUUCAAGAAGAGUUGAAUAUAUUGCUUCUGUGGAUGCUACAAUUUCGGGAAGUCGAAAUGGUUUGACUCCGAUCUUCUUAUGGUAUAGUCUAAGUGCUAAAGGUCAAAUUGGUUUCCAGAAAGAUGUUAAGAGAUGUUUUGACAAUGCUAAAUACUUAAAAGACCGUCUUCAGCAAGCAGGAAUCAGUGUCAUGCUGAAUGAGCUUAGCAUAAUAGUUGUCCUCGAGAGGCCUCGUGAUCAUGAAUUCGUUCGUCGUUGGCAACUAUCUUGUGUGAGAGAUAUGGCACAUGUUAUUGUUAUGCCAGGCAUAACUAGAGAAACUCUUGAUGGUUUCAUUACUGAUUUGCUUCAACAAAGGAAAAAAUGGUAUCAAGAUGGAAGAAUUAGUCCUCCUUGUGUUGCUAGUGAUAUUGGUGCACAAAAUUGUACUUGCUCUUACCACAAAAUUGAUUUUAUUAUCCCAUAGAGGGCUAUGAAAAUCAAUUAUAUAUAUUUGCUACUAAGUGUGUCUUUUUAUAGACAUGGCAUUUUGUAAUUUGUAACUUAUAUUAUGUCUUCAUUUAUUAUUUAUCCACUUUUACAGAAAAUUGUAUUCUACAUGUAGAAUCAGUAUUGUACCACAUAAAAUGUACUAAUGUUGUGGGAAAUACAUGGUUUGAUAAAAAUCUUAUAUAUUAUGAGUCUUUUAAGAUAUAUAAAGCAAUAAAAAUGUGUGUGAAAUUUAAGAUA